UUUACGGAGAAUCGAAACCAACAUUUUCCAGUCUGAACUUCUAUUGCAAUCCAUGGUCUGUCAUGAAAAUAGUUAUAUUUAUUUUAUAGUCUGAAUUUGAAAAUCUGCAUUACUAUAUAGCAUGUAGUAUUAAGUAAGCCGCUUAACUUACACGUCACCUUAUUUGGAAGGUGUCAGUUGGGAGUAAGUGGAGCUGAAUGCAGUUUUUGUUCUCAUGGUUGUGUAAAAGUGAAAAAGAGAGAUGGGGGACAAGAAACAAGACUCAGUGGAAAGGCCAGCAGAUGGCAAUAAGAACCAGACGAGUGACUCCCUCCAACAGGUUACAGCCCCUGGAAAUUCCAAGGGGAGAAAGAAGAGAGGAAAGAAAAAGAGGAGUGCCAAGAAGAUGGAGGACAAGGAGGGAGAGAUGGACAAAUUUGCCCCAUUGCAGUCUGUCCUGGUUCAAUCACAAUCAGAGGAAUCUAGCCCAGCCCAAUCCCCAUCAGUGCAAGCUGACCCACCCUUAGGGCAAUCUAAUCGAGAGAAACCUACACCAGAGCAACCUAUCCCGGAGCAACCCAAACCAGAGACACCCAAACCAGCACAACGUAACCCUGCCCAACCACUUACAGGGCAUCAAAACCCAGCCACGCUCCCUUCAGCGCUACCCAAUCAAGCCCAACCAGAGCAACCCAAUCCAGUGCACCCUAACCUAUCCCAACCACCUUUAGACCAUCUCUCCCUAACCCAGUCAAAGGACCAGCCAACUGAAGCCCAACCACAUCCAGAUCAGGGUCCUCCAACCCGGUUAUCCACAGAUCAGUCAUCUCCACAACAGUCUUCACCAGAUCAGCCAGAUCCGUCAUCUCCACACCAGUCAUCACCAGAUCAGUCAUCUCCAAACCAGUCAUCACCAGAUCAGUCAUCUCCACAACAGUCAUCACCAGAUCAUCCAGAUCCGUCAUCUCCACAUUUGUCAUCACCAGAUCCGUCAUUUCCACACCAGUCAUCACCAGAUCAGUCAUCUCCACAACAGUCAUCACCAGAUCAUCCAGAUCCGUCAUCUCCACACCAGUCAUCACCAGAUCAGUCAUAUCCAAACCAGUCAUCACCAGAUCAGUCAUCUCCACAACAGUCAUCUCCACAACAGUUAUUACCUAAACAUCCAGAUCAGUCAUCACAGUCAUCUCCAGACGAGGACAAACCUAAGAAAAAGGGAGAUCCAAACAAACUUUCCCUUCUGACCUGGAACAUAGAUGGCCUGGACCUGAACGAUAUCAAGGAACGUCUCUCAAGGCUACUGGACUACCUGAUCAAGUACCACCCCGACAUUGUGCUACUGCAAGAGGUUAUUUCACCAAUUUACCAGGUUUUACAGCAGGUUCUGAAGCCGUAUCAUGUGUUGCCAGGUAGUGACAGAAGCUAUUUCACUGUCAUACUGCUGAGGAAGUCCAGAGUUCAACUUCUGGAGAGUAGCAUAGUGAAUUAUCCUACCACAGAGAUGAGGAGAAAUCUGCUUAUGGCCCAUGUUUCUUUCCUUGGCCAUCCAUUGUGUGUGAUGACGUCCCACAUGGAGAGCAUGAAGCCCCGAUCCCUGGAACGCCAGAACCAGCUGAGGACGGUGUGGAAGACAAUGAGGGAGCAGCCCCAGGACCACAGCGUCAUCUUUGGGGGAGACACCAACCUCAGGGACUGGGAGGUGAAGAACCAGGGUGGUCUACCCGAGAACAUCUGUGACGUAUGGGAGUCCCUGGGCCAGCCGGAAGACUGCCGGUACACCUGGGACUGUGUCACCAAUGACAACAAGGACCUCCCUUUCCCCGCACGCCUGCGCUUCGACCGCAUCUUCCUGAGGCAGGCCGGCGAGGGGUCAAAGGUCAGCCCAGAUGGCAUCACCCUGGUGGGCCUGGAGAGGUUGAAUGACUGUCAACGCUUUACCAGUGACCACUGGGGUCUCCUCUGCACCUUCGUCAUAAAACCACUCAGUCAAGCAACACCUGAAUGAUACAAAGGGAACAGUUAGCUGUCCAUGUCAUGUCAACCUGGAACAGCAUAGAAGUCUUUGCCCAUCUUCUUUAUGUACAUUGGGAGAUUUUGAGAUUUUGACCGAGGAUAGAACAGGAUUAUGGGCACAGCAAUAGUGAUUAAUGACUUCAAUUUCUAUGUUUGGCAACUGCUGCUGUUCCAAGGCACACUUUUAAUUUAUCCAGCCACAUAUUUGUCUGUGCCAACAGGUUAUGUACCCUAUUCAAGGGCACAUUCAUACUGUCUUUGGACUUGGAAGCAGAAACUAUAUUGGCCAACCUCCAGGUUACAGUAUCUGAUUAUUUGUUUUAAACAUCACAGCAUCAAGCCAAUUUCACAAUAAACUCAUUUUGUUCCAGACAAUAA